AGUGAAGUGACGUGCCGGAAACGGAUUUUGUUUAUUUGCUCUAUACCAGUGGUGGCGUCUCAGAUUAACAGGUUGGCGUUGCCAUUCGAAAUAUCUUAUUUAUGGUAAUAAAGAAAAAAAGAAAAGAAAAGAAAAAGAAUGGCCAACAUUUUGUCGUACAUAUAGAAAGCAUUUUUGGUAAACAGUAGAGACCUGGAGAGGGUCUGAAGAAAAAGAAAGGAUGAGUUUCAGAGAUGAUACAGAAGAUGCGAGGGGGGAUCUACGGAAACCAUUUCUACAUACAGGGAGUUGGUACCGGAUGGGCUCAAGGCAAUCCAGCAUGAUGGGCUCGUCUCAGGUCAUUCGUGAUAGCUCUGUCUCUGUUGUUGCUUGUGUAAUGAUCGUUGCUCUGGGUCCUAUUCAAUUUGGUUUCACUUCUGGUUAUUCCUCGCCAACUCAAACUGCGAUCACCGACGAUCUUGGACUUUCAGUCUCAGAGUUCUCUCUAUUUGGUUCCCUAUCGAAUGUGGGUGCUAUGGUCGGGGCUAUAGCUAGCGGUCAGAUUGCUGAGUACAUUGGACGAAAAGGGUCUUUAAUGAUUGCUGCUAUUCCUAAUAUUAUUGGGUGGCUUGCUAUAUCUUUUGCCAAAGAUACUUCUUUUCUCUACAUGGGAAGGUUAUUGGAAGGCUUUGGUGUAGGAAUUAUUUCAUACACGGUGCCUGUAUAUAUUGCGGAAAUAGCACCUCAAAACUUGAGAGGAGCUUUGGGUUCAGUGAAUCAGCUCUCUGUCACAAUUGGAAUCAUGCUGGCUUAUCUACUUGGACUUUUUGUUGAAUGGAGAAUACUUGCUGUUUUAGGAAUAUUACCAUGUACCAUUUUGAUACCUGGCCUGUUUUUCAUUCCAGAAUCUCCUCGGUGGCUGGCAAAAAUGGGUAUGACAGAAGAAUUUGAAACUUCUUUGCAAGUUCUUCGGGGGUUUGAUACUGAUAUUUCACUUGAAGUGCAUGAAAUUAAGAGGGCUGUAGCUUCAACAAGCAGAAGAACUACAAUCCGGUUUGCAGAACUCAAACUUAGAAGAUAUUGGCUCCCUCUUAUGAUUGGGAUUGGAUUACUUGUUUUGCAACAACUUAAUGGAAUUAAUGGUGUUCUAUUCUAUUCUAGUUCCAUUUUUGAAUCUGCUGGGCUUAAAAAUAGUAAUAUAGCUACAUUUGGGAUAGGUGCCAUUCAGGUGAUUGCAACCGGUGUAACUACAUGGUUGAUUGAUAAGGCAGGUCGCAGGCUUCUACUUAUUGUGUCCUCUUCUGGCAUGGCUCUUAGCCUCCUGCUAGUUUCAGUAUCAUUCUUUGUACAGGAUUUUGUAUCGGAUCAAUCUACUUUGUAUAGCAUUUUGGGGAUCUUAGCAGUAGUUGGAGUUGUGGGGAUGGUAGUUGCUUUCUCUUUGGGAAUGGGACCUAUUCCUUGGGUUAUAAUGUCUGAGAUUCUUCCAAUCAAUAUUAAGGGCCUUGCCGGAAGCAUAGCAACACUAGCUAAUUGGUUCAUGUCUUUUGUGAUUACUAUGACUGCAAACUUGCUUUUGAGUUGGAGUACUGGAGGAACGUUUGCCAUUUACAUGGUUGUGUGUGUUUUCACUAUUGUAUUUGCGAGUAUUUGGGUUCCAGAGACAAAAGGGAGAGGUUUAGAAGAAAUUCAAAGUUCCUUCAGAUGAGGUUUGUUGUUCUUAUUCAAAUGAAAUUCAUUUUUGUAAUCGAAAGAAACCAACUAUUGAUGUUUCCCAUUUGUAAUGAUCCUUGAGUAGCAUGAAUAAACCUGUGAAAGUUUUCUUAGAAUUAAAGAAACAUCUUUUCUCUACCA